GACUGCAGAAACAGUACAGGAGAUGACCAGAGACUGCGGACACAGUACAGGAGAUGACCAGGGACUGCGGACACAGUGCAGGAGAUGGUCAGAGACUGCAGACACAGUACAGGGGAUGACCAGAGACUGCGGACACAGUGCAGGAGAUGACCAGAGACUGCGGACACAGUGCAGGAGAUGACCAGAGACUGCGGACACAGUGCAGGGAAUGACCAGAGACUGCGGACAGUGCAGGGGAUGACCAGAGACUGCGGACACAGUGCAGGGAAUGACCAGAGACUGCGGACAGUACAGGGAAUGACCAGAGACUGCGGACAACAGUACAGGGGAUGACCAGAG